CCCAUGACACGGUAUUGAUACAAGGAUUAGACUAUUUUUUAUAUGUUUAACUUCAAUUUAAUUAUCGUAAGACUUCGGGCUGGAUACAUGUCGCGCGCAUUGACCUUUGAGCUGCUCAUGUAAUUGUGGAUGUUGUCGGCCCGAAUUUGUAUUGAUGUUUGGAGAUCUUAAAACAAAUUCACAAGUACUCCCACAUCUAAUAUGGACGCCGCGAGGAUACGACCGAAAAACACACAUUAUUGCAUUACCAAGGGAGGUAACUCUCGGAUCAUCAUGGCAGAGAGUUUUUCGGUGAUGCGUCAAAUCGACCAACAGUUGCUGAGUUGUGGGAUAUGUUUGGAAAGGUACAUAACGCCGAAGGUCUUGCCCUGUCUGCACACCUUCUGUCAGAAGUGUUUGGAUAGUUAUAUCCCUCCCGAAAGUCUCUCAAUCACGUGUCCAAUCUGCCGCCAACAAUCUAUACUGCCGCAAGAGGGCGUUGAAGCUCUCCAAUCCAACUUCUUUAUAACGAACUUGAUCGAGGUCAUCGAGAACCCGAAGGUUUGUCGGGAUUGUGGGAAGGAGAGUGGAACCUCUAUGUCCAAGUGUGUAGACUGUGGAGAUUUCUUAUGUGAGAAGUGUACAGGAUCUCAUCAGACGGAGGAUCUUACUAAAGAACAUAACGUCAUACUGCUGGCUGACGUCACAGCUUACGCAGAGAAAUCACUCGAUAUGACGCUUGUGUGUCCGAACCACGAUGGUAACUCAUUGUUGUACUAUUGUUGCGCAUGCGAAACGGCCGUAUGCAAAGAUUGCACCGAUGUGGAACACAUUGGUCACAAGACUAUGCUUCUUGAGGAGGCAAUUUUCGACCAAAAAGGUCAGUUGGAAGACUUGGUGAAGAAAGCCAGAGAACAGAUUCCAAAUUUGGAGACGGCUAUAGUCACCGUUGGGUCAGUUACGGAAAAUCUGCAUGAAAAUAAUGCUCACGCUGAAGACAAAAUCAAAACUGCAUUUGGUGAUCUAAGAAAAAUAAUGGAUGAAAGGGAAACUGCGUUGCUGGGAGAACUGGCGACAAUAUAUGACCACAAGAGAUCGACUCUGGGAGGUCAGAAAGAGAGAUUAGAAAGCAUCCUGUCUAGAAUAUCUAACUGUUGUGAUGUGACUGAUGAAACUCUAAAAAGCGGAAGUGAAACAGAAAUAUUGCUUAUAAAGAAAGAAAUGUCUGAAAAGUUAAAAGAACUGCCUGCUCUUAGACUUCAAUUCCAACCUGAGGAGAACGAGUGUUUGAUCUUUGACCCCAGUCAUUUUCAGAGUCUAAAAAAGUUAAUGGUCAAUGUUGGUAAUAUUAACAGUAAUAGUGCUAUAGCGUUCGAGACGGUUGCCAGUGGUGACGGUCUCAAGGUAUGUCACAUCGGAAGACCCUCUAUUAUCACCGUGACAACCAAGGACAGGAAAGGGGAGCUAAUCAAGAUAGGAUUUGCAUCUCUCUCCGCGGAAAUUCGCGAUGAUGCCGGUCACUCGCAAGCUCCGGCCAUUAUCGACCACCAGAACGGUAGUUAUGAGAUUUCGUAUACAGUUAAAAAGGAAGCAACCUAUGAGCUUGACGUCAAGCUUUAUGGCCAACAUAUUCGGGGAUCCCCAUUCAAGAUCAGGGCUCUUACUGGUGCGGAUGAAGGUUCUGAUCAAUUUGGGAGUUCGUCGAAAAUCCCUAGAACAGUUGUCAAGCAAAAGGGCACGAAACGUCUAUCAAGUUCAAGGUCACACGGAUCGAACCGUCGAAGCAACCCGAUCGAAGAUGAUCUCUUGAUGAGGAUAGGCAUCAAAGGUCGAAAUAAGGGCGAGUUUACAAACCCUCAAGGUGUGUGUGUGGUCGGAGGGAAGACACUUGUGGCUGAUAGUAACAAUCAAUGUGUUCAGGUUUUCAGUGAGAUCGGCGACUGUAAACUCAAAUUUGGGUCUCCAGGCCGAGUGGCGGGGAAACUGCAGAGACCCACGGGAGUCACUGCCACCCUGAACGGUAACUACCUAAUCGCAGACUACGAUAACAAGUGGAUAAGUGUCUUCUCCCCAGAGGGGAAGUACGUCAACAAGAUAGGGACCGGGAAACUGCUGGGUCCCAAGGGGAUCGCUGUCGACAAGAAUGGACACAUUAUAGUAGUAGAUAAUAAAGGAAGCUGUGUUUUCAUAUUUCAAUCUAACGGUAAAUUAAUAUCCAAAUUUGGUUCUCGGGGAAACAAUGACUGGCAGUUCGCAGGGCCACAUUACGUAGCUGUGAACAAAGAUAAUGAUAUACUGAUAUCCGACUUCCACAAUCACUGUAUCAAGGUGUUUGACGGUGAGGGGAACUUUCUCAGUAGUUUCGGAUCCAAUGGAGAAGGGAACGGUCAGUUCAAUGCACCCACUGGAUUAGCGGUAGACAGUAACGGCAACAUCCUGGUGGCGGAUUGGGGAAACUCAAGGAUACAGGUGUUUGACAGUACCGGAUCUUUCCUCAGUUUCGUUAACUCCUCCGCCGAGCCUCUUUAUGGACCCCAGGGAAUUGCGGUCACUGACGACGGUCACGUGAUUGUUGCUGAUUCCGGAAACCACUGUUACAAAGUCUAUAAAUACCUUCAAUGAAAAAAGAGUUCCUGAUUUCAUGAUUCAGAAGAUUAUAUUAGCAAGUGUGCUUCACAAUAACAUAUAACGGAUGCCUGUUCUAUUUGUUACACUUUCUUGUCAUUCGGAAUGCAGAUUUUGGACAAAACUCGGAAGCCAUCGGAACUCUACGUAAUCAUGUAUCAGAUACAAUAAACAAUAUAUAUAAUCUACAAAACAGAUCUGUUUUGGUUGCAAUCCUUCACUUUCAGUGUUCUUGCAGUUUGCACUCAAUAGUCCAUUUUGAUUUGGAUUUUUAACAACUAAAUCACUUCCUUGUUCCUACAGAUCUAUAAUAUUGUCACAGACUUUCCUUUUUUUUCUAUAGAUUUUUUUGCAUUAUCUGGCGUUAUUUAAAUUUACAUGAUGGUAAAAUUUAGCUUUGCGUUUAACUAACAUAUACUUUGUCAUUAUACAAAGGCAUAGAUUUGUCCUCAGUCAUUUACUGAACAUAUAUGUCAACUUAAAAAGCCUAAUGUCUGAAAGUCAUCAGUUUCAUAUCUCAGUACAAUUUAUAUGCAUUUUGAAUUCAUUUCUGCUAAAAAUAGAUUUUUUUUCUUAAUAACCAGAAAUUAGUUAUUAUUUUCUUCUAAGAUGACGCCAUUUCCAAAACCUUUAAAGAAAAAUGAUGUCUUAAAAUACAAAUGAUUCAAGUGAUACAAACAAAACUACAAUCAUUCAUUAAAUAAACAUAUAAAUAGAUAAAUAAAAGUGUAACCCUGUAUGUGGCCAUGUGAAUGAUAUUGCAUUGUGGACGCUGUGACGUCAGUGGUGGUUUGUGACGUCAAUGGUGGUUGUGAUUACAUGAAAUAUAUAUAUUGUGAUAACGAAGAAACAAAAAAUACUGAUAUUUCUGUGAAUGUUUCAUUGCACAUAGUAAGUUAGCCAAGAUUUGUGUUAUAUACUCACAAUUUAUAUAUUCAUCUAUAUAGUGCUCGGUCCGUAGCAAUUCUCUCUGCCCAACCCUAACCCCCUCCCCUCCUCUCCCUCACUGUGUCUUUCUUUCCUUUCCAUAUCUCCUCCUCCUUUUCACCCCCACCCCUGUCCUAACUAAAUCCACUCUCCUGAUAUAUUAACUAUUGAGCCCUUCUCCAUAUUCUCUAGAGCUUAUACCAUCUCCUCUCCCUCCCCUCCCCUCCAUAUAGAGUACUUUUCUCUUCCACUCCACCUCUACCCCCGCACAAAUCCCCACCCCCACCUCACCCCUCCUUACUCAAUCCCAUUAAGAAAAUUUCCCAUUUCGUCCCUCUUCACUAACCGACCUCAGUCAUCCCCCGUCCUUCAAGUGCUUUACAGUCAGGGCUGAUACCAAAUGAUAUACCAUUCCAUACACCUGUCGAUGAUGUAUCUAUCGAUAGAUGUACCAAUAGUGUUCUAUAUUAUGUUUGUAAUAAUACUCCCUAACCAGUCAUUUUAUAUAGCAAGAAAAAGGCAGUGAUUUUGAGAGAACUGGAUGUACUGUUUGGUCAAAUGAUGUCAUUCAUUGUGACCAUACUGUUUGAUGUCAUGUUUAAUGUAAAAAUGUGUAAUGUCAUGCUUGGCCAAUGGGCUGUAUGGUGACAUGUUUCAUACUGUUAUAGUCUAUGAUGUCAUAUGAUGUGAUAUCGUAAUGUGUGAUGUCAUGAUAUGACUUCAUACUGUGUGAUGACAUGAUAUUGUCAUAUUGUAUGAUGUCAUACUGUUUACUGCCAGCUUUGUGCUAUCAUACUCUAUAAUGUCAUGUUAUGUGAUGUCAGUGUGUGUGAUGUCAUAUUGUAUGAUGUCAUAUUACGUGAUAUCGUAUUGUGUGAUGUCAUACGAAUUGACGCAAUGUCGUGUAAUGUCAUGAUAUGACCAUAGAUCAUGAUGUCAUAUUAUGUGACGUCGUAAUGUAUGACGUCAUGGCGUGACCAUACUCUAUGAUGUCAUUUGGUGUGAUGUCACACUGUAUGAUGUCAUGUGGUGUGAUGUCAUACUGUAUGAUGCCAUGUGGUGUGAUGUCAUACUGUAUGAUGUCAUUUGGUGUGAUGUCAC